GCGCCGUUUUCCGUACUUUGGACGUAAGCGGGGUUGGAGUGCCGUGCGCAGUGUGGCUAUCGCGAUACGUGGGUGACCGCGACGCCAUCCUACCUGCUCGUUGGCUGCGUAGUCUGCCAAGCGAGCAACACGCCCGUGGGUGAGAAGCGAGAAGGGGGUUCCUUCACCCCGCUCCCCCCGGAGAGCCUAGCGUCGCCGCGCAUCGAGGGUGAGGGUCUCCCGUGUGUUGAUUUAAGUAUCAAGAUGGACUGGUCUGGAAAACACAAUGGUCCAAAUGAUACAUCUAGUGAUGGAACAGUACGACUUCGUGGACUGCCAUUUGGUUGCAGCAAAGAGGAGAUUGUUCAGUUCUUUCAAGGGUUGGAAAUCGUGCCAAAUGGGAUAACAUUGACGCUGGACUACCAGGGGAGAAGCACAGGGGAGGCCUUCGUGCAGUUUGCUUCAAAGGAGAUAGCAGAAAAUGCUCUGGGGAAACACAAGGAAAGAAUAGGGCACAGGUAUAUCGAAAUCUUCAAAAGUAGCAAGAGUGAAAUCAGAGGAUUCUAUGACCCACCGAGAAGAAUGAUGGGACAACAACGACCUGGACCAUAUGAUAGACCAUUAGGAGGAAGAGGGGGUUAUUAUGGAGCUGGGCGUGGAAGUAUGUAUGACAGAAUGCGUCGAGGAGGUGGUGGAUAUGACGGUGGAUAUGGUGGCUUUGAUGAUUAUGGUGGCUAUAAUAACUAUGGCUAUGGAAAUGAUGGCUAUGAUGACAGAAUGAGAGAUGGGAGAGGUAUGGGAGGACAUGGCUAUGGUGGAGCUGGAGAUGCAAGUUCAGGUUUCCAUGGUGGUCACUUUGUUCAUAUGAGAGGGCUGCCUUUUCGAGCUACAGAAAAUGAUAUUGCUAAUUUUUUCUCGCCACUGAAUCCUAUAAGAGUUCACAUUGACAUUGGAGCAGAUGGAAGAGCAACAGGAGAAGCAGACGUGGAGUUUGUAACACAUGAAGAUGCAGUAGCUGCCAUGUCUAAAGAUAAAAAUAACAUGCAACAUCGAUACAUUGAACUGUUUCUGAAUUCAACUGCUGGAGGCGGCUCCGGAAUGGGAGGCUAUGGCAGAGAUGGAAUGGAUCAAGGAGGUUAUGGCUCUGUUGGCAGAAUGGGAAUGGGUAGCAAUUACAGUGGAGGAUAUGGUACUCCUGAUGGCUUAGGUGGAUAUGGCCGUGGAAGUGGAAAUAGUGGUGGAUACUAUGGGCAAGGCAGUAUGGGUGGAGGUGGAUGGCGUGGAAUGUAUUGAAGAAUGACCUUGCUUCUACAAAAUAUCCUGGAAGAAACAGUAUCUGGUCUACUAGACUUUCUUACAAAUUUAAUUUCUUUUGUAUUUUAAGAACUUUAUAAUGACUGAAGGAAUGUGUUUUCACAAUAUUAUUUGGUAAGCAACAGAUUGUGAUGGGAAAAUCUGUUUUUUCUGUAGGUUUUAUUUGUUGCAUACUCUGACUUUAAAUAAAUUUUUAUAUUCAAACCACUGAUGUUGAUACUUUUUAUACUAGCUACUCCUACUCCUAAGGAUGUAUUGCAUAUUCAAGAAUGCAUUUGGUUUAAAAUGUACUGUUGGUUUAUUAAAGGUGGUUGUACUGUAACUUCUCUGUAAACAUGGUAUAAUUGAAACUUAAAGAUACACUUGUUAAAAGGAAUGAUAGAAAAGUAGACUAGUUUGGUUUUCAUUAUAGCCUAUUCAAAUUGGCUUUCAAAUAUACUAUUAAAAAUCCCACAACAGGUAUAAGUAUAGAGGCUAAAAGUUACAAAUUUUGCUUCCUUGUUUUUCAUGUCAUUUCUUUAUCUUCGAUGUACAAUUGCUUAGGUUAAUUAGUGUCUGAUCUAUAGCCAUAAAAUGGACAACUUUACUCAAUCUGCUGAUCCUUGUGCUAAUAAAAUAUUAGCACAAGUUUCACACUUAGUGAUCAAAAUCUGUUUACAAACCAAUUUGUCUAGUUCGACUACCUUCAAACAAUACUAAUCCAUAUUGACAGGACACAAAACAGGGUGGAGUACUAGUUAUGCAGUAUACUUAAUACCCAAAACAUGUCAGAACAUUAAAAGGCAUUUUAAGUCCUAUUUUAAUGGUCUCAUUUAUCUGAGUCUGACUAAGCUUUAUUACUGAAAUAGAUUACCACAUCUUGAAUAGAUGCAGGCUGUCAACCCGACCACAUCUUGGUAAUGUUUUCGUGCAUUUGUGACAUGUAAGAUGUUUGGAACCAUAUUGUUUGAAGAUACUAACAUACCUGAUGUAUAAUGAAGAAAAAGGUAUUUCAUAAUUUGCAGCCACCAUGCUCUUCCAAAUUUUAAAUGCUUGUUCUCAAAUACCUCCCUCUAAUUUGUCAAAUGUGAUUUUUGGUUAUUGAAAGUUUGUCACCUGUUUUUGCUAGUAAUGUGUUUGUAAUAAAUGUCUUAUUGUGGGA